AUGGUGGUGUACGGAACGACCAUGUUUCUUGGCUUACUGUUCUUUCUUGAAACGCAGCUUUUUCCAAAAAUGGCUGCUAUAGAUUGCCCCUUAGAUUUGAGUGGUUCAAACAUUACACUGGCUGCCUCCAUCUGCUCCAAUAAAGAAGAUCGAGGGAAGUGUUGCCGCUACAUUAAUGCCCUUAUUGCAGUUUCUGUGGCUCGCUAUGCAAAUGCGACGAGCAACCUGGGGGUCACUUCAGAUUUAUCUGAUAUUUGUCUCCAUUCUUUAUCAGAAACUUUAGAACUGUAUGGAGUAACACAAAAUGCAACAGCUUUCUGUGGCUUUGGGACAAAAAUUCCGGUUAAUUAUCAAUGUCAGGGUCGAACAACUGUCAUUCAGAUGCUGCAGUCUCCAAAAUUUAUGGAUGUUGCUGUAAACUGCACACUACCACUGUCAGGAGAAAAUAACUGCAGAACGUGUUUAAACGCGGGCAUUUUAUAUCUCCGCAAUCUAGUGGGAGCAGUAGAUAAUAUUACCUUGAGUACUUGCAGGGAUGCAACUUUUGUUGCGCUUGCAAGCCAAGUUGAUAAUGUCUCAGCUGUUGACUUAGCUGCCUGCUUCUUUGGGGUUCAAGGGCUUGUCACUCCUCCAGCUUCUGGACCAUCGCCAUACUUACUAUCACCUGAGGCAUCUCCAAGUCCAUUAAAUGCUUCUAGCCCAAGUCAGCUCGCCUUGACCGUACCCAUUAAAGAAAAUCACCACCCUUUCCAUCUCACAUUGAUCCCAGGUGUUGGCAUAGCAGUUACGGCUGUAGUUAUUUUGAUGCUGGUAGCCUUGAUAGGUCUUAUUCGUAGAAAAAGCCAAGAGCUGGAGGAUUCUGGUGCUAUUGAUGAGACUUCCCCAAAAGCCUUUCCUCCGCCUACAAGAAAAUUUCAGGAAGGUCCUUCAUCUAUGUUUAGAAAAUUCAGCUAUAAGGAGAUAAAGAAGGCGACAGACAAUUUCGGCACCAUCAUCGGUCAAGGAGGGUUCGGGACAGUGUACAAAGCUGAGUUUAGUGAUGUACUGAUGGCAGCAGUGAAGCGGAUGAACAAAGUCUCAGAGCAGGCAGAGGAUGACUUCUGCCGAGAAAUAGAACUUCUGGCCAGACUGCAUCAUCGUCAUCUUGUUGCUCUACGUGGAUUUUGCAUUGCCAAGCAUGAAAGGUUCUUCAUUUACAUGGCUAUGUUUGCGUAUGGAGAGAUAACUUUGCAUGCUGGCAAAAUCAAAGCCUCUUGUUUGUUUCAUGGCAGGUUUCUGAUAUAUGAGUAUAUGGCAAAUGGAAGCUUAAAGGAUCAUCUUCACACUCCAGGUAGAACUCCUCUGAGUUGGCGGACCAGAAUUCAAAUUGCCAUUGAUGUGGCAAAUGCUUUGGAGUACCUCCACUACUACUGCGAUCCUCCUCUGUGUCAUAGAGACAUUAAAUCUAGCAAUAUUUUGAUGGAUGAGAAUUUCGUUGCAAAGGUUGCAGAUUUUGGCCUUGCACAUGCUUCAAAAGAUGGUUCCAUUUGCUUUGAACCAGUAAACACCGAUAUCAGGGGAACUCCAGGUUGUAAAAGCCUCUCUCUCUCUCUCUCAAUCAAUAUCUCUUGAUCUGAAGAUAAAUGCUGCACGAAUUCCAGGUUAUAUGGAUCCUGAGUAUGUGGUCACUCAAGAGCUUACUGAGAAAAGUGAUGUAUACAGUUAUGGAGUUGUACUGUUAGAGCUAGUGACUGCAAGACGAGCUAUACAAGACAAGAAGAAUUUGGUGGAGUGGUCCGAAAUCUUCAUGACAUCAGAAUCAAGGUUACCUGAGCUUGUGGAUCCCAGUAUGGGGGACGCCUUUGACUUGGAUCAGCUUCAAACAGUUGUGACAAUUGUGAGAUGGUGUACCCAGAGAGAAGGAAGGGCAAGACCUUCGAUUAAGCAGGUACUAAGGCUAUUGUACGAAUGUUCAGACCCAAUUUAUAGUGGGUUUGUUGAUGCUGUAGAAAAUGAAGAGUGUGAAGGAACCAAUGGGAGGGGAAGGAUGAGUAAAGGUAAAAUGCAUAGGGGUGAUGGGAUCUUUUACAGUGGGGAUGGAAGGUGUCUAGCUUCUUCUUCAAGUACAUCUAGGUCGUAUUGUAGUAGAAGCUUUUUACUUGAGAGUGGCUCUCCACAAUCUCCUCCUAAUAUACCCUCUGUCUGAGGCCAGCCAUUCACCUGUUCGGCUUCUCAUAACACUUGUACAAGUUUUUUUUGGCAGAGCACUUCAGCUAACCCAUAGUUGCAAGUUGGUGCAUCAUUUUGCAGGUACCCAAUGUUAUUCAAUUGUAUUGAGUUAUUGCUUUCCUUUUGUUGAGCACCUAAUGAUUACUAAACACAUUAAGUUAAAAAAAAAGAGAGAAAGACAAGCGAGACUAUGGAUGCCUUUUUUUUUUCCUGUUCUUUUUUCUAUUUGGGUUUGCAGUGUGCUAAAGUUUUGGAAGAAUGAGUUAUGUUUCUUUUUCUUUGUUGUUGCGGAUUUUGGCUGU